CAAUACAACCAAUCAAUGUGUGAACUCCAGGACUCAGAUAGAGUUCGUAAAAACGAACUCAUUGCUGCAGUCAAAACCAAACUUUCCACGUUCAGUGGUCCAUUGUCAUCUCGUGUUAAAGUUUACAUGUCAAGCUUUGAUGAAAGAUGGAAGGAUCUAUCCGAUGAUAACAAGAAACGCGCCCUAGACAUUUUAAAUAUAAUAUCUUUAAACAUCGAGGCGUUUGGCAAUGCUGGUGAGGACCCUGUAGCUGCUGCAAAAGCAGCAAUCAACAUCAUUGCCCCCAUAUCCAGUAAUUAUGCAACGAUAAGCCAGUCUCCAAGUCUUCAAGCUUUUGUUUCUGCUCUUCUUGGUUUGUUUGGCAAAGGACCGAAACCAAAGACCUUUGGGGCAGUUGUUGGAGAGCAGAUAAAAGAGGCUCUAUCGAAAUAUCGCGACCAGGAGCUCUCCUUAAAGAAAGAUAGUUUGCUAUCAGCAUUUCAACGUACUAAAGCGUACUUAGACAGAGCUGCAGGGGGCCGUGGGAACCUUUUUCUAUUCAACAGGAUAUGAUUGUGGCCUUACGUGAAGUGGAAAGAUCACAGAAAUUGAUGUUUAUGGGAAUAGUACUUGCCAAUAAAACACUUAAGAUGUUCGACGAUAACAAAGUAGCCGAUGCAAAAAAAAGCCAUAAGAUAUUGUGAGAUGUACGCACAGCUAGCGGUAUUCCGUGAUAUCAUUCUGACACACUGUAUUGUUAUGUUACCGGACAAUGUCAAAUGGCAAAAAACCC